AUGAUGGCAGAUGAUUUAGAAAAAUUUAUUGAAGAUCAGAAGGCCAAACUAGCACAAGAUAAGGCAGAACUUGAAAAUGAUCCACCUUACAUGGAGAUGAGGAAUAAAGAAUCAGAGAAGUUUUCUGAGACUAGCAGACUUUUAAUUUCCAUGGCUAAAGAAAAUAUACCUCCAAAUAGUCAACAGAGCUGCCCUUUAGGUGACUAUGGCUUGAGUUUACCUCUUGGAGAAGAAUAUGAACGAAAAAAGCAUAAACUAAAAGAAGAACUUCGACAAGAUUAUAGGCGAUAUCUUUCUCAGGGUAUUUCACAGGCAAAAAGAAAGAAAAAUUACUUGACUACUGGUGAAGUAGAUCCAUAUACUCAGGGAUUAUCUCUUCCUAUUGAUGAGCGGAGGUCUGCCAAGGAGAAGCUACGGCUUGAAAGGAACAAGGAGUACAAUCAAUAUCUCAGGGAUAAAGAAGAAUGGAAUGAAAGGCUAAGGAAAUUAGGGAAGAAAAACACAGAGCAGGAGACAGACAGAAAUAAAAAAUCUACUGCCAUUACCAAGCUCCAGCCAGAGCUACGUAUACCAGUACAGCCCUAUAGUACAGGCACAGAACCUCCCAAGAAAGAUGCCUUCACUUCUACAGAGGGUUAUGAAGAGCUGCUGAAAAAGAGACACCUGGGAGACAGAUAUCAUAGGCUAGAUGAUGAGGCUGAAAUAAGUAGACUGUUGCAUAAAAAGAUGGAAGACUUGGAUGUUCCCGAGAGAAGACAUCGUGCAUUUGCUAGCCAAUCUGGCAUUCCUAUUAGGAGGCAUCACAGACUCGACGAAGAUCAUAGUUUUGAUAGAAGGUUCUACAGAAUGGACAAUGAUCCCGACAUCAGUGAAGAAAAGGACUCUAGAUUUAGAUAUGAAAGUGAUUAUGACAGAAGGCCUUCACGGUUUUUUUAUGCUGAAAGGCCAUAUCCAGAUGCAAGAGUAAGAGAUCUGCCUACAGAUUAUGAAGACGAAUUAAAGGAAAGACCACAUUUGCAACAGAUCUCAAGAACUGGACCUUUUAGAAGUCAGGCACAAGUUGCUACUUCAGCUAGUGAACAGGCAAAGUCUGCAGCUGAAAUGCCGUAUGCAACAGGCCUUGUUCUUGGUGGCCAUGACCAAGAAGUUCUCCAAAGGAAAAAAGAGAAAUACAGGCAAGAACUGAUUGAGCAGAUGGCUGAACAACAGAGAAAUAAAAGACGUGAAAAGGAGCUGGAACUCCUAGUUGCUGCCUCUGGAGUGCAAGACCCAGAAAAGGAGCUAAGUGAUGAGGAGCCAGAUAGACUGAAGCAGUUUGGCGUGACGGCAAGAGCUUCCGAAGAGAAAGCACCUCCUGAAAGGCCCCGGGUCGCUUUCCAGACGCCUGUGCCUGUCCCUUCUGUCUCGCCGAUGAACGAAGACUUCCAGAGAGGCCUGUCCAGCACCCUGGGUGAAAUAGCAGCUCCCAGGCUUGCAGCUAUGCCACCACCUCCCCCACCAGCUCUGACAGACAACUACAGGACACCUUAUGAUGAUGCCUAUUAUUUCUAUGGGGCUCGGAAUCCUUUGGAUCCCAAUCUUGCAUAUUAUGGCACAGCUAUGUUGGGAAUGCAACCCACACCUAACCUGGAUGUUCCUUCAAGCCAAGUCCCAGCAGAGCAAUCCCUAAGUAACACCGGACAGAGGAGUACAGCAGAUAGACAAAGAAGCAUAGGAGUAUUUUCUGAAGAAAACACAAAGCCUUCCAAAGAGGUCGCAUUAUCUUACCAACAAGAAUUGCAACUGCAGAUAAGGGAGAGGGAAGAACGACGCAGGCAAGAGAAAGAGGAAAAGGAACGCUAUGAAGCCAAACUAGAAGCUGAAAUGAGGAAUUACAACCCAUGGGGAAAAGGUGGUGGUGGUGCUCCUCUCAGAGAUGCAAAAGGAAAUCUGAUAACUGACUUGAAUAUGAUGCACAAGCAGAAUGAAGAUGCGUAUCAUAAUCCAGAGGCGAGACUAUAUGAAGAUAAAAGGGCUAUUGUAUCUGUUGACCUAAGUUUGGCCUCCCCAAGACCCGAGAAUGCAGAAGCAUCUACGAAUAAAAUAGCAGGUUUUACGCUUGCACAGACCUCUCCUUUUGCUCGAGGUAAUGUGUUUGGUGAGCCACCAUCUCCACGGCAUCUGAAGCGACAGGAGUCAUACAAGAACUUUCUUCGGCUACAGAUUGAGGAAAAGAGGCUCAGGGAAGAAGCAGAGCGAGAAAAACUUAGAAUGGAAGAAGAAAAAGAAGAAAAACGGCUAGCUGAACAGAGGAUGAGGAUUCAAAAGGAGUAUGAAGAUGAACAGGAGAAGAAAAGAAAGAAAGAGGAGGAGCAAAGAUUGAAAAAUGAAGAAAUAAUUCGAUUAGCUGAAGAGAGGCGAAAAGAGGCAGAAAAAAGAAAAAAAGAGGAGGAGGAAAAGCAAGAUGAACUACUUAAACAAUAUUAUGAGAGAGAAAAAAUUGCAAAGAUGGAAGAAGAGAAAAAGAUGGUGAAGCAAAACUAUCCUGCUCUUCAGAACAAAUCAAUAAGAAAAGAAGACAGAAUUUCCUCUGCUGAAAGCCAUAUAUCUUCUUAUGCACAAGAUCCUCCAGCACCGAGGGCUCCUUCUCCACCAGUCCCUGCUAGAAGGAACCAGCUGCGGGCGUUCGAGGAAAGAAUGAAUGUGAUAAAUGAAUUAUCAGAGAUGAGGAAACAGCUUCGGAGCGAGGAGAGGCGGCUCCAGGAGCAGUUGCUGAACGUGGCCAGUGAUGAUGACGUCCCCAUCACACGCAGGAGGAGGGAGAAGAACCCCAAGGACAUCUUCGAGAUGGCCAGGCUUCGUCUGCAGGCUCCCGUGAGGCGGCCAUCAUCAAAGGAUGCCCAAGAGCCUGUCAAUAUACAGAAUAUCUGGGAAUUUAAUGAACUUAAAUACAAAGAUUCGGAUACACGCAUAGGCUUGAGGCAAAUGUAUCCUGAUCCUCCAAAAGAUGAUCAGACCCUAGAGAUUCAGCAGCAGGCCCUGCUGAGGGAGCAGCAGAAGCAGCUUGACAGAAUGCGAGUGAGAAAAGACACAGAAGUAAUGGCCUUUGCCUGUCUUGUUCUUCCAGACCAGGAUGAUUCUGCUUCUGACUAUAACUCACAAAAGGCAAGACUGUUCAGGAACGAAUCUAAUGAAUUCUUGAAAAAUUCACUGUUGGAAUCUGAUAGUGCUUUCAUCGGUGCUAAUGGGGAAACGUUUCCUGCCUUAGAAGUUGACUUAUCAUCACAGCUUCCACCAUCUGCAAGGGAGAGGAGGCGAAUGAAGAUGAAAGCCUUGGAGACCGUGGUACGCACGUGCCCAAGCUGGGCCACACCGGAUGCGGCCGGGCAGCGGGUGCGCGCGGACUGGGUGCCUCCUUAA